ACAUUCCGAGAUCAAUGUCAAUGCGGGUCUCUCAAACAACCCAGACAAACUCAUGCAUGGGCCGCUAUAAGAGCAGCGCUAUCGACUAUCCAAGACAACUCAAUCUCCCUCCCUCAGCUGCAAUCCGCGCUUGCAUCCACACACCACAAUCUGGGCUCUGAUUUUCUGCACACUUGUUGGCACUUUCAAACAGGGGAGAAGAAUACAGCUGGGAUUGGAGCCGUGCAUAUCCCAUUCGGGAAUUCGACUUUGAAACCCUGAGUUUUGUUUCCUUCCAUUGUAAUCAUGGCGGGAGUUCAAGGAAAGUUGAUCACAAUUAUGGUUCUCGCUAGUAUCUUGCAAAUUGCAUCUGCUGUAACAUACACCGUGGGCGAUGCUGUUGGCUGGACAUUUGUAGAAAGUGCAACAUUCUACGACGACUGGGCCAAAACCCACACUUUCAGAGUCGGCGAUGAGCUCGAUUUCGUGUAUAGCUUUCCGGCUCAUGAUGUUUUCCAAGUAAGUGAGACAGAUGUGGCAAGCUGCACGAAUGCAACCACCAUCCAAAAGUGGGAGUUCUCCAACGCGAAGGUCACUCUCAACAGCGUUGGGUACCAUGGCUACAUCUGCUCACUUCCCAGCCACUGCAGCCCCGGAAACAUGAAGAUGAGUUUGCAAGUUGUUGCUGCGGACGAAACAGUGAGCGAGCAGUUUGCAGAUGCACCUGCAGGGCCACCAACUGCCGGUGAUACACCUGGAAACAGCGGCUUUACUCUACAAUCCGGAUCUGCUCUGAUGUUCGGAACCGUAGCAGCUGCUUUGGUAGCUCUCCUGAGUUAGACUCCAAAACCCAAACGCUAGUUUUGCUUCUCUGCUUGAUACUACUUUGCGUUGUCAGCAGAAAAGUACGAAAUUUUCUGAUCUCAGUCAGUUCAAGUUCAUUUUUACGACACAUUUUGUACAAUUGAUAGCACCGGGCCUGAGAUAAAAGCCACACAUUUACAACUCCAUUAGGUCAAACGUAGUUUUUUGCGGUAAGUACAAGGAGAGUUAAAAUAGGAAAUGAUUCUUCUUUAUCUCCCCUUGUACUUACCGCAAAAAAUAACGACAAAAUUCGAUUCAAACCUUUACUUUGUAAACUACCAAGAUGGACUAAGCGUGUAUCCAUUUUAACCUUGCCUUAUAAAGCUGGCUCGCAGAGCUUCUAGUCUAAGUCUAUGUGGGGAUACCCUGCCCCCACCUGUAGCUCCGCCCUUGUCUGCGUGCACGAGUUCUUUGAUCUACAAGAACCGGACCUGACUUGGUGAGAUCGCCAGGCUUGCCAGGACUGACAGA